UGCCCUAACACGUGUUGCUUUUACACCUUCUCACCGUCUAACCUAUGAUUAUCGUCUGAACUAAGCUACCUCCAGAUAGAGAGAGAGAGAGAGAGAGAGUCUUUUUUAUAGGGAGAGGGGGAGAGAGAAAAGGAAAUGGAUGGUUGUCAUGGCUGGCAUGUGACAAGAGGAGCUGCUGCUGACGCUUGUGGUCGUGCUGGUGCUCAGGAUAAAACGAUAAUCAACCGGAUAAUGCAUAGAUUCCGACCGAUUGCACCGAAGCCGGCUGCCGGUACUGAUCUAGAUUCUAGCUCUUCAGCGAUUGGCAACAAAGAAUUGGUAGCUUUCAAGACAACUAGAAGAAAGAGAAAGUAUGUUAGGGUUUGUAAGAGUAAUAAAUUGAAGAAAAGCAAAAGGGGGCCGCAAGUACCAUCGUCAGAUCAAGAAAAGGAAAGAGGAGGGGAAGGAGAAGGAGGUGAUUUCAGCAGUGUUGUUACUUUACAGUUAUUACCAGAGAGAAGUGAAUCGAAGGAUGAUGAGUCGCAAUCAGAAAGAAUGGGAAAGACAUGGUGCGGUAAUGAUAAUUCUCAAGAUCUUGCCGUAGAUAAUAUUAAAGAAUAUGUCAAUGAUCAAGAAAAGCAAGAACAGCCCAUGUGUUUUAAGUUCAAGCUAAAGCAGCCCAUGAUUGAGGGUUAUGGUAAGCCAGAUCAGAUGUUCGUGAUGCUUCCUCAAAAGAGGGAAACUACAGUAGCGGAAUCCUGGGUGACGGUAGAGUGCGUGACAGACAUAUACAGUACAUGCAUGGAUGGUCGAGCUAUAUUAUUAGGGUGUACAGACGUGGAGAGAAUGAGGAAUCUGGAGGGGGACACCUGUCCCGGCUUCAUAUCGGACGGUUUGAACCACGUACAAUGGAUAAACUGGGCUUACAAGAAGAUGGUGGAGAUGGUAACGAAAGAAGAUGGUAAAGAGAGAGUACAGCUGUAUGAUACAGUACCAGAAGUAAUGGUUUGGUUGGUGAUAAAGGAAAAGUUGUUGCCUUUUGUGGACUGUGCCUCUGCGUUUAGCUGCUGGGUUAGGUUACAGAAUUCGUGGCAGAAAGAGAAGGGUUCACAGACGGUUGUUCCUUGUGAUGUUUGGAGAAUGGAUUGUGGAGGGUUUGCAUGGAGACUGGAUGUUGACUCUGCACUCAGUUUGGGCCGUUGAUGAAGAGUACAGAUCAAACGUCGACAAAUAAACAGGGGUCUUCUUAUAAAAAAGAUAAAUACUUUUUUGACGGUGACAGGAAAAGAGUUACGAUGCAAAAGUCAUGGAAGUGUGUAUAUAUAUAUAUAUAUAUGAUCUGCACUGUAGUUGAGCCAGGUUACUCCAAGUUUAAGUUCGAUAUGCAGAAAUCUGCAGACAAUGCUGGAACUACAACGUCAUGUAAAGAUCUGCAGUUCAGGAAAUACGUGGAUUAAAGGACGGCAUGCAGAAAUCUGCAGACAAUGCACGUUGAUAUAGUCAAACAGUGAAUUUGCAGGAACCGAUUGUUAAUGCAAAAUUCAUGACAACAUGUCUUCGAACA